UACAUGAACCAACUUAAUUGAAUUAUCUUUGCACUGUGAUUGCAUUGUGCCUUUAUUCUUAGGGGAAACAAAGAAGCAUAAAUGCAUGUUUGCCAGCUAAUUUUACCACAGACUCUCACUAGAUGGCAGCCUAUAACCUAACACAGGAAUGAGUUCUUAAAAGUAAUUUGCCAGCUCUCCUCACUACGAUUCCCAGCAUGCGGUGUGAGAAAAAGAGACCCUGCCCCCUGGUCAAAGGUCUCCCAAACGCACAAUCGCUGGAUUUCUGCAGAUGCACCAUGGGGCGGCUAGAUGGGAAGGUAAUCGUAGUGACAGCUGCUGCACAAGGAAUCGGCCGAGCUGCAGCAAUAGCUUUUGCAAAGGAAGGAGCAGAAGUCAUUGCUACUGAUAUCAAUGAGUCAAAUCUCCGAGAACUUGAAGGCAAUGCAGGCAUCCAGAUUCGCUUGCUAGAUGUCACCAAUAAAGGACAAAUUGAAGAGCUGGCCAAGGAAGUGAAGAAAAUUGACGUUUUAUGUAACAUUGCAGGAUUUGUCCAUCAUGGGACAAUUUUGGAUUGUGACGAAAAGGACUGGGACUUCACCAUGAAUGUCAAUGUUCGCAGUAUGUACCUGAUGAUCAAAGCCUUUCUGCCCAAGAUGCUUGAGCAGAAAUCUGGCAACAUUAUCAACAUGUCAUCCGUGGCAUCCAGCAUCAAAGGGGUUGUUAACAGGUGUGUCUAUAGUACCUCAAAGGCAGCAGUUAUUGGUCUCACAAAGUCUGUAGCUGCUGACUUCAUUGCACAUGGAAUCCGAUGCAACUGUGUUUGUCCCGGCACUGUUGACACCCCUUCUCUAAGGGAAAGGAUCCAGGCUAGUCCAAAUCCAGAACAGGCAAUGAAGGGCUUUUUGGCCAGGCAAAAGACAGGCAGAUUUGCAACAGCAGAAGAAGUAGCUCACCUCUUUGUGUAUUUGGCAUCUGAUGAAUCUGCAUACGUGACUGGCAAUCCAUGCAUCAUUGAUGGUGGCUGGAGCAUGUAACUUGGUUUCUGGAGUAGCCAUUCUCAAAUGAAAAAGGGCUCCUUGGACACCGGAGGACCAAAAGGAGAAGCUCUCUUGAACAGAGAUAAUCAGAGACGGCACCACUUUAAAUGGCUAAAAUGAGAGAUGAGAGAUCUGUUGCCAACUAUGUCAAAGAUAUUAAUACAACUUUUCCUGAGGGCCUUUCUACAGAAGAUGUUGAUUGCACUUCAUUUAUGCCCAAUAUGCAUGGCUUAGCUCAAGACUACAAGAUCCCUAGGUCUUGCAUCUUUCCCCAAGAAGGGGACUGAGAGGACCUGAGAACUUGCACAGGUUUUUGUGUCUUUUCCUUGCCUUAAUAAAGGUAUUGUGCCAACAGGGGCUCUGAAAUGUGUCUUAUGGCCAGCUUGGGUGACUCUUGCAUUUUGAAUCCACCAAAGCUUUACAAAAUAUAUUUUGCAACCUGGAAAAACAAAACAUUUCCUUCUUCCUAGCCAUACUCGUCUGUAAGGCUAGAAAGUCUAACAUUUGAACACUUUCUCUAAGAACCCUAUAGACCUUUAUAGACCCCCUAGAAAAAAUCAAAAGCCUGUGUUCAUCACAGUUGACAUUAUCCUUGUAAGGAUUUCUUUCAGAGUGAACCAAAUAUUCUGCACCUUCUACAAUUAACUCUGUUUUUCCGAGUAUCCUUUAAGUUCCUUGCCCCAUGCAAAGUAGAUAAACUCAAUGCCAAGAAGAAUCUUUACUUUUCUCUCCAUUUACCUAACAAACAAGUACGCACAAGCAGAUAUAUAUGUGGUGUGUAAUAGUGUUUUUAUCUAUUAUAUCAAAAAAUGUAGUUAUGAAAACUGUAGUUUUCCAAAGUGCUUCCAAAGGAAGCAAUAAGCACUUAAUAAAGUAUCACAAAAGUAUAGUAACCAAGUUAAAAACAUAGUUAAAUCAUAGCUAUAGUAGCAUCUUAACUUCUAAACCAUAAGCAGUCACAUAAUAACGUCAAGUAUGUUUAUAUAUUUUUAUAAAAAUUCUUACCACCAUCACCAGCAGAUUCUCAUCUUUACAGGUGUUUUCUUCUCUUUCUUUGCUCCUUGUCUAAGGUUUUUUAGGCUGUUUUUUAUACAUUUUAGUUGCUUAUUUACCUCUCCAACUCCCAACAAUUGAUGCCUGCUGGUGAAGCAAACUGCUAACCUAAUAAUCACAUACUGUACCUUAAAAUCUCUAUGGAAAGCUACAUUAUGUUUGCCAACCCAGCAAAUUGCUAUCUUAGCAAAUUGCAACAAGAUACAUAAUUAGGAAGGUAAGCAAUGCAUCAUCUAGUUCUAGUGGGUAUUUAACACACUAUUCUACAUUGUAACAUUUCGUAUACUGUGAGCUAUUUCACAUACAGUACUGUACAUAAUACUUCUUACACAGGCAUUAUGCGCAACCUUGACAAGUCACCACUCGUUAUAUGAUUAAUGGCAGGCAACAACUUCAGCACAUCCACCCCAAAUCUUGUAACAUUUAAACACACAAAAAACCUUUUUUCAAGCCUGUACAUUAUUCCCUAGGGCAAUAAUAGGUGUUUAUAAACAAAUUUAGUGCUAAGGUUUUCUAAAGUGAUGAAUAGCAGCAAGAUCAAUUUACUGUGAGUACAUAAAAACUGAUGGCCUAGCAUUUUAUAAGAUAAUUUCUAGCUUGUUUUUCCUUGUUUUGCUUUAUCUUUAUUCUAGUAACAAGGUUACAGACAACAUUUUUUAAAUUUUCUUUUUAUUAUUAUUGUUUAUAAAAUCCAUCGUGUCACCUGGGUUCAGCUUAUAAUCAUUUGUUAAUGCAGCUACAAUGCAUAUUAAGCUCUUAAUCUAUGCAAUGUGCUUCUAAUAAAACAGGUUCCAUGUUUGAUCA